CUAGCUUCACACACAUUUACAUUGUUUACAAUUUAGGCAAAAUUACAAUUUCUAUAGUUGAACCUAUUUAACGCUAAAAUCUAGAAAUAAAUUUGAUUUAGUUUCGGUAAUUCUACAAAGAAUAAAACACAGAUAGUCCGAUGAAUCUUCCAGAAUCAAAACGAAAAAAGUAUUAUUCUCCUUCAGGAAGCAAUUUACCUUUCCCUAUUAUUUUCAAGAAAGAUGGAACUCUAAAAAAGUUUUCUGCUAUUUUCAAUGGACACUCUGUAGUAAUUAAAAACCCAGAAGAUAUGAAAACCCUUAUUUCAAUGGGAAAUUUUGGAAAAUCUAGUCUUUCUCGGAAUUAUCCACAAACACUUGGAUCCCAAAAGACUAAAUUUCUUAGACAAAGACAGUUUGCCAAUAAACAGACCUGUAUCAAUAAGAUUAACAACAAAGUUACUCUACAUAAAGUCAUCGUAAUUCCCGAUAGUGAUUCUGAUAAUGAUGAUUAUUUUAACAACUUACAACCAAAGUAUGAAGCUGAUUAUUUACCGAUCUCUGAAACAGUUAUGUUAGGCUAUGAAGAAGCAUUUUUUCUUGAAAAUGUUGUAAAAUGCAUCGAGGUGAGUUAUAAGGAUAACAAACUAACCUCAGAAGAGUUGUGGAAUUUAUUCUUAAAGGUUGAUCCUUAUUUUAUUCAAAAUUAUGUGGUUUACUAUUUUUAUAGAAGUAAGAAUUGGGUGGUCAAGCCUGGAAUCAAGUUUGGAGGUGAUUUCAUAAUAUAUCAAGAAGGACCUGCUUUUUAUCAUGCCACCUACAUAGUUAUCAUUCAAACAAUGUCAGAUGAAAAACAUAGCCAGUCUUUAAAAGAUGGUUUUUCUUCAACCACUUCAUUGUUAGGUUUAAAUAGACUCUGUGAAACUGCAGGAAAAGGACUUCUUUUUUGUAAUAUAACAUGGCCAGAAGCUAGUGAAAUCAGUUAUACUGAUCUGUCUAAUAUUAAGAUCAAUGAAGUCUUUGUAAAAAGGUGGAAUUAUUCACAAGAAAAUAUUAAAGAAUGAGUUAA